AUGCCUGCAAUGCAAUUGCCUGCCAUUGGAGGAGUAGGUCAGUUGCGUACUGUAGAGGAGUGGUCUGAGGCAGUUAGAUGCUUUAGGAAGGCUCGGAAAAGUUGGUUGUUGGAUUUCCUGCAGGUUUCCCAGGAGGACCUGCAACAAAGAGAUGGUCAGCUUAUUGAAGUUCUGAAAAAGGUUCAAACCAAAGCUAAGCUUGUUAGGAUUGGUUCCAUCCCAUUGACUGAGCUGGGAAGGCUAAAAGCUUGGAUAUUGAACACAGAAUCAAAUGGUAUGUGGGAUGCGCUCGUUGAUGUUGUUGCAGCUUUGCAACAUGCAGACGGAAGUGUCAAAAGACAGUGGCUGUUGAUGCAGUUGAAAUUAGCUGUGUAUCUAGCCAUCCUUCCACGGCAUUGCAAUUUCUUGGGUUGCUAUCUGGUAGCUGGAGCAAUACAUGCCUAUUCUGAUUCUGGACCAACUUACUGUGCUGAGCGAUUUACCAGUCACCCUUUCCUCUCUCCUCUCAGACUCUAG